GCUUCUCCCUUCAUAAAGGAGCUUCUUUCAGACAUUAGGAGAGCUGUUUUGGUGGUAGCAGUCUCUCCUCCGUGCUGGUCUGUUUGCUGCUGGUAUUUUUGGUUUAUUUAAACUUGGUAACUUCAACUUAAUGCUGAUAAAGCUACUGUUAGCAUCUUCGCUAACAGCUUCUUGCGUUUGGAUAAGCUGUUACGUUUUGGUUUAGAGUUCAUCUUUUUUGUGGUUCAGAUCUCCCUUUUAUUACAUUUAGAGUGUUGUGGGUUUUCGGUUUAGUUUAAACUGGGUGGUUAAACCAAACUCAAGGUGAUAUUUUAGAGUUUGGAACUUUGGAGAUUCUUAUUUUGGUCCAAAACCCAGUAACCUUUGCCCAGUGGGACAUCCCUACUUAUUUGUACUUUUGUUUUAAUUCCCCACAGGCAGAAUUAGUUUUAUUAUUCCCAACCUGUGGAUGAAAAGAUUUUUUUUUUGUAGUUGUAAAUAAACCUGAUCAUCAUUUUAACUUUUAAAUCCCACAUUACUGUCCCUUCCUUUUUGCACACGAGCCAAACUCCCCAGGAAGAGUCAUAACACAAAUCGCCUCACGCUCAUAAGUGACCAAAACAAAGCAGCAUGGAGACACUCCGUCUCCAACCACCUCUCAGGCAGCAGCCUGCACUCCCAAGAUCUACACGUCACCAGAACAUAACCAACCAACACAAUAAAAGCAGUGUUAUACAAAAUGGAAGGCCUGUAGUGUUUAUUCUCUUACAGUAACAAUUUAUCAAUUUUUGGAAGGAAUUUAUUAGAGAUUUUUUGGUUUUUAUUAGCUGUGCAAUAGAAAAAUAAUCAUUAGAUUAAUUGUAUAAAUAGUCAUUAGAAUAGUCGACUAUUCGAUAAAAUAAUCGUCAGAAUAAUCGUUUUAAAAAUAAUCGUUUACCCCCAGCCCUAGUAUUAGGAUGAACUUAUUAACACAAAAUAAUCUUCAAACUCUUCCAGGUGUAUUUUUAGAUGAACAACCUUUAACACUGUUCAGACUUAUUUGUUGAUACAAGUCGCAUGAACAGACUGAUUUCCCUUUGUUGCAUUUAACUAUUUCUUCUUCUUUAAAGAAGUGCUGAUUCAGAAGAGACACGGUCCAUCUCCUUUCCUGUUUGUAUUGUUUUCUCUCUGUAAACAUGCUGUUAACUUGCUUUGCACAUCUUCUAAUUGAAAUCCGUCUUUAUCAAAUACAUAUUAUUUUUUCACAAGCUUGCAUUUGGUGCCCCUCCCCUGGCGUGGUGCCCUACGCGCUGUGCGUGUGCGGAGCGCCUCCUGCGUUGUUCUGAAGCAGCAUCUUAAUCAGCUCUCCUGCUUUGUUUCUAUUGCAGCUGUUAGCUAAACACGGCUAAAGAAAACCUGCUACCACUUCAGGAUCAUCCAUCAGCUGGGACUGAUUCAUCGUGUGUUCUUCACCACCUGGACCUGGACAGCAUGGACACAGGUAGGGCUGCCACCUUUCAGAUAUGUAAAUAAGUAAAUGAGUUGGAGAAGUGGUUUUUCUCUUAGACAGCUGUGUUAUUCACACAGGUGUGAAACAUCUGUAAACGCCACAUCUGGUGCAGGAAAAUGGCUGAACAGGGAGUGGGGACACACUUUGCCUUCUGCGGUUAUUUUCAACAGGUGGUUCUGGUUAAAUAAGGAGCUUCAGAAGAACAGAGCGCUCGUGUCAACCACCAGCACCUAGAUUUUCUUCACAAAAAGGAGGAACAGGAGAAACUCUGGUCUAAUAUGGAGGGAGAUUAUCUCCAUUUGAAUAAGGAGACUGAUGAUGCCAGGCUUCAGUCUUUUAGCCAAAAAACAAAUUUAAACAAACACACGAGAGUCCAGACAAAGCAGAAACAUUUUGCCUGUGAGCACUGUGGACAAAGGUUUCACCAAAAGACUAAUUUAACCACACACAUGAGCGUCCACACAGGAGAGAAGCCUUUUGCUUGUGAGCUCUGUGGAACGAGAUUUAGCCAAAAGACAAAUUUAAACAGACACAUGAAAGUCCACACAGGACAGAAGCCCUUUCCUUGUGAGCUCUGUGGAAAGAAAUUUAGCUUAAAGUCAACUUUAAACAGACAUAUGAGUGUCCACACAGGACGGAAGCCUUUUGCUUGUGAGCUCUGUGGAAAAAGAUUUAGCCAUCAGACACAUUUAAACCGUCACAUGAGAGUCCACACUGGAGAGAAGCCCUUUCCUUGUGAGCUCUGUGGAACGAGAUUUAGCCGAAAGACACAUUUAAACCGUCACAUGAGAGUCCACACUGGAGAGAAGCCCUUUCCUUGUGAGCUCUGUGGACAAAGGUUUAGCCGAAAGUCAAAUUUAAACAUUCACUUGAGAGUCCACACUGGAGAGAAGCCUUUCGCUUGUGAGCUCUGUGGUAAUAGAUUUAGUGAAAAGGGAAGUUUAAACAGUCACAUGAGAGUCCACACUGGAGAGAAGCCCUUUCCUUGUGAGCUCUGUGGACAACAAUUUAGCCAAAAGACACAUUUAAACAGACACAUGAGAGUCCACACUGGAGAGAAGCCCUUUCCUUGUGAGCUCUGUGGACAAAGGUUUCACCAAAAGACUGAUUUAACUACACACAUGAGAGUCCACACAGGAGAUAAGCCCUUUCCUUGUGAGCUCUGUGGAACGAGAUUUAGCCGAAAGACAAAUUUAAACAGUCACAUGAGAGUCCACACAGGAGAGAAGCCUUUUCCUUGUGAGCUCUGUGGUAAUAGAUUUAGUGAAAAAAGAAGUUUAAACACACACAUGAAAGUCCACACUGGAGAGAAGCCUUUUGCCUGUGAGCUCUGUGGAAAGAAAUUUAGCUUAAAGACAACUUUAAACAGUCACAUGAGAGUCCACUUUGGACAGAAGCCUUUUGCUUGUGAGCUCUGUGUAAAAAGAUUUAGCCAAAAGACACAUUUAAACAGUCACAUGAGAGUCCACUUUGGACAGAAGCCUUUUGCUUGUGAGCUCUGUGUAAAAAGAUUUAGCCAAAAGACACAUUUAAACAAACACAUGAGAGUCCACACUGGCUUUUCGCCUGUGAGUUCGGUGGAAAAGAUUCACCCAAAAGAUCAGUUUAAAAGGUCACAGAAGAGUCCAUAAAGGACAGAAGCCUUUUGCUUGUGAGCUCUGUGGACGAAGAUUUCGCUGAAAGAAAACUUUAAACAAUCAUCUAAGCAUCCACUAGGGCUGAACGAUCUAUUGCAGGGGUCUCCAACGUUUUUUGGCCCGUGAGCUACUUUUACACAAUGAAGUACAGCAGAGUUACUGCCAUAUAACUUAUUUACAUUGAUACUUUCCAUGUGUGAAUGUGCUUAUGUUAAACAUGCUAUACUUACUAUAUUAGCAUGCAUUGUACUCGCAAGUUGAUUUCUCUGUAUUUCAGUACAUCAGUAUAUAUAUUUUAAAAGUAUAAGUAAACUAGUGACAUUCUGAAAACCAAAUUGAACAAAACAUAUUUAGUUUUUUAAACUAAUCGGAUACUUUCAGAUAAUGAAUAACAAAUCUACUUCAUGUGAAUGAUUUGAUAAUUUUUUUAGAAGGUUGGUAACAUAACUUUUUAAGCGCACAGGAACAGCUAACCUGUAAAGCUGAUGAUAUGUGAUAGGUAAUUUUAGAUUUAUCCCAUAUUACCUUAAAGGACGACACACAGAGAGAGAGAGAGAGAGAUUAUUUGUAAUGUCCAUGAAUCGUCAUGCGAGAGCUGGGCGCAGAAACCCCUCCAUGGUGCUAACCAGCCCCCCUCUUUUCCUGGGGAAAGCCUUCAGGUCACCAGCUCUGCAUGCCCCGGCAUCUCCACCAAAUGUUAGGUAAUUAAAUGUUAAGUGAUAUUUAAUCUCCAUAACCCUGAAACCUAAAAUCAACACACAUGACAACAAGGAAGACAUUUUACCCUGAGUCCCCAAAAUAAUGGAGAGGUAACGCGGGGAAAAACCUCCUCCAAGGCUUUUCCCCCGUCACUCCCAAAUCUCAGUUUCCCAGGGGCUUUAUUCACAAAGGAUGGAGGAGAAGACGGGCCUUCUCAGGUUACAGAGGUACAGAGGUUUCCUUGGAAAUCUACAAUCAACAUCCUUGCCUGCAAACAAGCUUCUCUGCUCAACCUUUCAUAAACAGCCACAGUUGGCAAACACAAGAGAUUCAUGAAGUGUUAAUGACACAAAAUGGGCAUCUUUUAGGCCUCAAAAAGGUACAAUUAUAAAAAUACCCAACAAUAUGUUAAAUAAAAUACAAGCUAAAUGUGAUGAAAACACAAAAGUCUAAAUAGUUUGAAUUGAAGUAAAAAAUGUAAAAUCAGAAAUAAGACUUGUUCCUGCUCUCCUGAUUUACUGAAUAAUUUUUAUGGGUUUUUUUUUUUUUUUUUUUUUGGUCAUGAAAGUUAAGUUUUGCUGCGUUUAUUGCUGACAAUAUGAAGGUUGGAGGUUUAUCCUUUUUUCUGCAUCUUGUAGGUUUUUUUCUCCGCACGUCUCUAAAUAAAGUAAAAUUUUCUAGUGCA